GUUUGCUCAUGCGCAGUGGGCCUCACUUACCAUUCCAUGUAUAAACCCGCUGCGUUUGACACAAGAACUUCCUUUUCUUAGUCAAAUUGAGAGUGGUACAAUUGUGUUAGUGAUGGGAUUGGGGCGCUGAGGGGAGUAGUCAUGCAGGAGCCUGUUGAGGGCUUAGAUGGGAGAACAAGGGUUGAAGAAGGUAAGGAUAGCCAAAGGAGGCCUCAAGCUCCCAAUGCCCAGGCUAGCUCUCAAAAUUCAGCAACUGAAGGUGACCAUGGCAACUUCCCUCAGAGUUGCCCACAAGAUUCUGGGAGGCUGGCUGCUCCUGGGACCCCAGCUGCUCCAGGCAGCUCCAGCCCAGGGAGUGCUGUAGGGUCUGGAGUGUCAACUGAAGAGGCAGCUGUCAUUGCCCAGGAGCAGGCACCACUUCUCCCUGGACCCAGGGGAGAUACUGCAUCAACAACUGCAAGUCGACUCCUGGAGUUCUCUGUAACAGUGCCUUUCCGGACUGCAGUGGAGGCAGACAUGGCCCGCAGAUCCCUGGUCGCCAAUGCUCAUCGCCAGCAAGUGAUGGUUCAGCAGGAGUUCACAGCAAAUGACAGUAUCCUGGCUGUUAGGUGGACUACUGAAGACCCUGUCCUCUUCCAAAUUUCCAUCAACACUUUCCUUGACCAGCUCUCCCUGGUGAUGAGAAACAUUCAGCGCCUGGAGUUUGUGGCUGUUGUCAAGCGGGGACGAGGAAGAAGUCAUGAAUCCUAACAUGUUACCAGAUACAAGAAAAGUCAAAAACGUUUCCUGGUUUUAGUAAUUGUUAUUUUGAACUUAAACUUUAGCGUUUCAAUGCUGUAUGCUCCAUAUCAGUCUCUUGGUUGUACUGUUUCUUGGUUGCUGAAGGAAUGGGUGUUUAAAUGUUACUG